AUGCCUGAUAGUGUGACGGAAUUACCGUUGGAAAACAUAAACGGUCAGGAAGAAUCGAUGAAUCAGGAGGACGACGGAGUGAGAAGUUAUACGCUGCAGUCCCCUUGUCGGAUGGCCACUGAUUUCGCGCCAAGCAAUGAACCGGUGGUCCCUGCAGACGGUCCUCCCAGCAGUCUGUUUUCCGAUACGGUGAGUUCUGCUCAGUCGGCCUCGUUCAUCAAGAAUGUUGAAAAUGGUGCUGCCGGUUCUACCCUUCCGGAUGCCAUGGUCUGGCGACACCUUCGAAAGGCACCUAUGCUUCCUGAGCAGCACAUGCCUGGCGGAUCCACGUUUGAUUCCGCUGAAUUCCAGGAUGCCACAGAAGAUCCUACAGCCAAUGCAGCGGGACAAUGA